AACCGCAAAGAGCGCCGUGCCGCUGCGAAGGAAUCUGGCAAACACCCUUCGACCGCAACCAUCAAUGCCGCGGGCCACAUACCAUUAUCUCAACCCGAUCGCACCGGCCCCAAAGGCAAAACUCUCCUGGAGAUUGCAGAUGAACGAACCUCAGCGCUUCAAGGCAUGAUGGCUUCUGGUCAACCUUUCGAAAAGUCUCUUGGCGAUGGUCUGGCUCGCGACGAAAAUGGACGAGUGCUUCUACCUGCCAAAGACGACGACGAGGAAGCCGUGAUUGGGCCUGUGGGCGAAUCAUUCUUCUUGGCAACAAGUCUAGCAAUGGUCCACUUUACUCUGGAUGUGCUGGUGUUCAACCAAUAUGCACAAGAAAUCAGCUGGCCUGCCAUCAUCCAGCGCACAGCUAUUGCCUACCCAAUUCUCUUUCUCAUCGUCUACAUGAUGAAGUCAGAGAUGGCAAAUCGCUUCCAAACACUCAAGCAGCUGUUCUGUCUAUCUGUCGCAAUCGCGAGUGGUUGUUACAUGAUCUAUGCGGGCAACACAUACGACUACUUUGCAGUCAUGAAGCAGGCACCCCCGUUAGGUGCGCUUUGGAUUUGGAGUGUUAUUGAGAUGAAGCUGGAAUACGGACUUUUAAGCAUUCUGAUCGAUGUCGGAUUUCUGUUCUGGAACGGCUACACCGUGUUCUAG